AUGGUUCUGGUGGCAGGGACUGUCAUUUCUGAGGCAGCACUGAAAAGAUUGAGGAUCACAGUGGGACCUGAGCAGAUCCUGUCCUUGGCUGGAACUCCACUCCUUCCUAUUUCCAACCAAGGAAAGCUACACUAUGUCGGUGGAAAUGCUGCUGAAGAUGGCUCCUAUAGCACAAUGCAGGGACAGACUAUGGAAGAAAAGGGUGCUGCCCAGUUUUGGGGCACGGCCAUUGUAAAGGAUGUCCUGGCGGCGCUCCAGGUGCCUCUUUGGGUGUUCGAUGGCUGGCAGAUGGAGAGCCCCAGGCAGAGGGAGCCGGGUGGAGCUGCUCCAGAGGAUGAGCCAGCGGAUGAGAUGAGCGGGGCCGAGAUGCCAGCCUUCUUCCCGGACAGAGACAGCGGGCGCACCCUGAGGGAAAGCACAUGCAAUGGAGGCCUAGGUAUUGUCAGACUCGCAGGAUUAAUCCCGAGCAUGCAGACCUGUCAGCUGUACCGAACUGUCGACCCUUCUGAUGACACUAAAAAAUCAGAAGCUAGGAUCAAAAGACAUAACCAACUGUGUGAUCUACUGGCUGAAGAAGCUCAAAAGAAGGGUUGGCUGGUGUUUCAUGAGUCACUCCUACGAGACCACCAAAACAAGCUCUACAAGCCUGACCUAAUAUUUGUUAAGGGUGAUCAGGUACUGGUGGCGGAUAUAAGCAUCAGAUACGACAGCAAAUUAUUAUCACUUGCUGAUGCAGCAGCUGAGAAGGUGAAACAUAAAAUCUUUAUUAAUUGUAAUAGGCCUUUCUUCUUGCAUUUUAGUCUGAAAACUGGAUUCUUAAAGUGGAAACCAGAUUAUGACAGUGCAGCUACCGAAUAUGGGAAGGCAGCUGUUGCCUUUAAAAAUGCCAAGCAGUUUGACCAGGCAAGGGAAGCCUGUUUACGGGAAGCUGAGGCACAUGAAAACAAUAAAGCUCUCUUCCAUGCUGCCAAAGCUUAUGAACAAGCUGGCAUGAUGCUGAAGGAGAUGCAGAGACUCCCUGAAGCAGUUCAGCUGAUCGAGAAAGCCAGCAUGAUGUACCUGGAGAAUGGGACACCAGAUACAGCAGCUAUUGCACUGGAACGGGCUGGCAAGUUAAUAGAAAAUGUGAGCCCAGAGAAGGCUGUGCAGCUCUAUCAGCAAGCAGCGUCAGUGUUUGAAAAUGAAGAACGUUUACGGCAGGCAUUGGAAAUGCUAGGGAAGGCGUCAAGACUUCUAGUCAGAGGACGCAGAUUAGAUGAGGCUGCAUUGUCUCUUCAAAAGGAAAAAAGUAUUUAUAAGGAAAUUGAAAAUUACCCAACGUGCUAUAAGAAAACUAUUGCACAAGUCUUAGUUCAUCUUCACAGAAAUGAUUAUGUUGCUGCAGAAAGAUGUGUGAGGGAAAGCUAUAGUAUACCAGGAUUUAAUGGCAGUGAAGACUGUGCAGCACUAGAGCAACUUUUAGAAGGGUAUGACCAGCAAGAUCAGGAUCAAGUGUCUGAAGUCUGCAAUUUGCCACUCUUCAAAUACAUGGACAAUGAUUAUGCCAAGCUUGGCCUUACCUUGGUGGUCCCAGGAGGUGGAAUCAAGAAGAAAUCACCAAAUGCUGCACAAGACAAAGCAAGAGGACCAGCUACAGUGGGCUCUCAUGCCGAUGAAGAGGAGGAUGAAUAUUCUGGUGGACUAUGCUAGCUACAGACAUAGGUUGUCUUAAAUAUUUGACUUAUUUGUGAUGUUAAGCGUAUCCAAAGGUACCAGAUUUACCAGAGCUUCAUUGCAAUUGUGGUAUGGGAAUGCUAAUAUUAACUUGGCAGCUUCUGGGUACAAUACAGGAGAAAAAGCAUGAUUGUACCUAUCAUCUUGAAACACCUUUGGACUUCAUUUUUUACCUGGUAGGAGCUUUCUCAGGGCCCUGCCUUCAGUUGUCGGGG